GAUAUACAAUUUGAUACAGAAACGGUCGCGAUUCAAAUACAUUAUAGAUAAAAUUUAACCUUUAUUCUUUGAACAGUUCAUUUUACACUCGCGUGUGUUUCAAUUUCGAAGAACAUGGUGUGCGAUUGAUUUUUUUUUUGUGUGUGAAAGUUGAAUGUCAGUGGUUGCGUCUCAAGUUUUACUUUGAAGAAGUAAGUUUUAGAACUGGGAAGUUAGACAAAAUGAUAUAUUGGAGCAGUAUAGUCAUAUGUCACAUCGUGGCAUCAGUUUCAGCAGUCUUUCUUGAGGAUACUGACUUGGUGAUGGCUUUCAUAGUACAUCGUCAUGGAGACAGGACGCCUACAAAAUCGUCGGUGAAAUACGGAACAGAUCCUCAAGCUCUCAUAGAAUUGACAAAGCCAUAUGGAUAUGGCCAGCUCACUGAAAAAGGGAAACGCCGCGCCUAUGAUCUUGGUCAACAUCUGAGAUUUAGAUACGAUGAUCUGCUGGGAAGACAGUACAAUGCCUCCGACGUCUACUUACGUUCUACCGACCUCACCAGAACUAAGAUGACCAUGUUGACAGCUUUAGCAGCUAUUUAUCCCCCUGGACGUAUCAACUGGAGCGAUGAUAUUAAUUGGACCCCUGUCCCAUAUACUACAGUGCCAGUGAAGUAUGAUUAUAACAUAGCCUAUUUGAACUGCCCAGCCUUCAUAAACGCUUCGGAUGUCAUUUUCGGCAGUUUUUAUCCAGAAUUUGAGAGGUACAAUGAAGCACUGUUGGCUGAGUCGGUUGCGACGGGUCAGGAUAUCGUCAACCACCCCAUUCGUGCUUAUGACGUCAGCGAUAUUUUGGAUGUCCAGAGAAGUUUUGGUAUACCCAUACCGACGUACUUAGAGGAUUUGAUGCCUCAAAUCCAAGCAGCAGCCGCAAGAGCUAUGGACUAUAUUUUCGAAGGAGAAAAUGCUAAUUUGGAAGCAGGUGUACUUUUACAAGAAUUCUUCAAAUAUGCCAACCUAGCCAUUUCUGGAAACCAAACGGAAAGAAUAAGAAUAUAUUCGGCACAUGAUUACAAUGUGUACGCUUUUCAAAUCGUGACUCAAGCGACACCAAGGCAGGGCGUCCCGAAAUACGCUUCAGCUUAUGCCUUGGAAUUGAGGAGAUUCAAAAAUACAGGACAGUUUAUAGUAUUACCCGUGUACCUUCCACAACCAGGUGAACAAGUAAUCUACCAACAAAUCAAGGGGUGCGGCCCACUGUGUGACUAUAAUAAAUUCGUACAACUGAACUGGUCUCACGGUAUGAACUAUUGUACGUGGCAACACCGCUGCGGAUUUUACAAGGAUUUUCAAGUUAAGGAAGAAUGAUAUCUGUUCAUAUUAAAUGAACCUUGUAACCGGUUUCUUGUAAAUUAUUUUAUUUAUUUACUGUUUUGAAAUUCAUGUGCCAAUUUGUGGAAGGCGCUUUUAUUGAAAAUUGUAAUAGGAUUAUGAGCUAAGUUGCUUCAGAAUGACAUUAUAAUGGUCUUAAUGCAAUUUCUGCAGAUAAAAGGGUUUGGGUUAUAUAGUGGUAUCAUUUUUUUUUACUUUCGCGGUUACUCCAACCUGUGUUAUUUAAACACUAUAAAGGGGAUGUUCAGUUUUACAAUAAACAUUAGUCUAAUAUUAAUAAAAAAGAGAUCCAUCACGUCGCCGCGAGGAAGGGGUCCAAGAAGGCUUCCAGGAAGAAAAUGGCAAUUCUGUGUGCAAGGAAACUGCCUGCCCUUGGAUCGUCCGUCACGACGCGGUGGCGUGGUGAAUUCUCAGUUACGAAGGUUUUGGCACCGGUUUUCAUGGACCAGAAACGUGUGGGCCCAUGGUCUCGACAAUAAAAGGCACAAAAGUACCAGUGCUACUGGUGCCCCUCGCACGAACUAACCUGCAGCGGGAGGCUCCGCUGACGCGCGACUUGCGCACACUAAAUGUUGUGGCCAAUGACACUGAGUGACACUAAUUUUAAUUUGUUAUAGGUUGUAAGGUUUUCUCUGUAAGCUACACUAUCGAAUUGGGUUAGCCCGUAAAGAUAGAUGUAAGUUGUGAAUAAAUGAAUAAAAAAAUGUAUGUCCGUACUUCCUGUCGCCUUCAUUAUAGAAGAUUGCACAAGAGGACCUAAAUUUGUGUGAAGUGAAGAUAUAAUCGGAGUUGAUUUUAUUCAUUAACUUGCAACAAUAUUUAUUCAUAUAAACAAAAAAAAUAACAGUCAUGCGUCAGGCAUUUAAAAAAUAAAUAAUUGAAAAAAUCAAGCCAGCUCCUAUAUUACUUAGUACAAUACUAUUAAGAUAUGCUUUAUUCUGUUGAUGAAAACAGGAAUAAAAUUAAACCCUGGCCUCUGAAAAAAAAAUUACGCUACCGGUCAAUGUGUACGGACAUAAGGACACUAAUAUUACUCAAACUAUUUAUAUUUGUCUUGAUAUUCAGUUAAUGAAAUACGAAAAUGACUGUCAAAAUGAUCUUGCCAAACUUAAAUCACUACAAGGAUGGUAGGUAAGUUAAAAUGUGUAUACCACUGUCAAAAUAUCGACGUAAUAUAUAAUAUUUUAGGACAAUAAAAUUUAUUAUUUUCAAAAA